AUGCACCGCGAGAUAAAAUGGCGGCGUGAGGACUGAGAACACCUUUCCUCGGGCGUUCUGGACAAAUUUAAUACUGUGUGUCCAGAUAUUUAAUAGUGAAACCGGCGCAAUACCUCAAGAGACCGCCCCGCCUGCCCCUGGAAGAUCGCCGUCGAGGGUCCGCUGAGAACACCGCCGUGACCACCGUGACGGGAGGCGGGUGACGGGGUGACGGGAUCCACCCAAACACAGCUGACUGCACAAUAUAAUGACGGGCUGAUAACUGAGUGCUGCACAGUCGUCCCAGAACCGCCAGAAUGUCCGGGGAGCCAAUAGAUAAAGGGAAUGAGGACUCCAUUAAGGUUGUGGCCAGAUUCCGGCCCCUCAAUGACUCAGAGGAACGGGCUGGGUCAAAGUUCAUCGUUACAUUCCCACAAAACAAAGAUGACCAGCUAGUCAGCAUUGGGGGAAAAGUAUACCAGUUUGACAGUAUCCUGAAGCCCAAUGUUACCCAGGAGAAAGUUUACAAUACAGCUGCCAAAGAUAUUGUUAAAGAUGUGCUCAACGGCUACAAUGGAACCAUCUUUGCCUACGGUCAGACGUCCUCAGGGAAGACACACACGAUGGAAGGAGUCAUUGGCGACCCCAACCUUCAAGGCAUCAUCCCUCGUAUUAUCAGUGACAUCUUCAACCACAUCUAUAACAUGGAAGAGAACCUGGAAUUCCAUAUCAAGGUCUCCUAUUUUGAAAUUUACAUGGACAAGAUCCGAGAUUUGUUAGAUGUGUCCAAAGUCAACCUGGCUGUGCAUGAGGACAAGAACAGGGUUCCAUUUGUCAAGGGCGCCACUGAGCGGUUUGUGUCAUCUCCUGAGGAAGUGUUUGAGGUCAUUGAGCUGGGCAAGAGUAAUCGUCAUGUUGCUGUCACAAACAUGAACGAACACAGUUCCAGAAGUCAUAGUGUCUUUUUAAUUCAAGUUAAGCAGGAGAAUAUAGAAUCACAAAAGAAACUUUUGGGUAAACUUUAUCUGGUGGACUUGGCUGGUAGUGAGAAGGUAAGUAAAACAGGUGCUGAGGGAUCAGUCCUGGAUGAGGCCAAGAACAUCAACAAGUCCCUGUCUGCUCUGGGUAAUGUGAUCUCCGCCCUUGCUGACGCCACCAAGACCCACGUUCCUUACCGAGAUUCCAAGCUGACUCGUAUUCUCCAGGAGUCUCUUGGAGGCAAUGCACGAACCACUAUAGUCAUUUGUUGCUCCCCUGCGUCUUUCAAUGAACCUGAGACCAAGUCCACCCUCGACUUUGGCAAGAGAGCCAAGACUGUGAAGAAUGUUGUGACGGUGAAUGAGGAGCUCACAGCAGAGGAGUGGAAGCGACGUUAUGAGAAGGAGAAGGACAAGGUUGCGAAGCUCAAGGCCCAGCUGGAGAAGAUGGAUCGGGAGCUGGGUCGGUGGCGUGCUGGGGAGUCAGUGAGCACAGAUGAACAGGUGGCUAUUGACAUGGACGCCUCCACCACCUCACAGCAGCUCAGUCAGGUGUUGUCUGUCCCCAUUUCUGUGGACGGGGAUGCAGCUGAGUGGGCGAGAGAGAGGGAGCGCCUCUAUCAGAAUCUGGAUGAGAAGGAUGAUGAGAUUAACCACCAAUCCCAGCUAGUGGAGAAACUGAAGGAGCAGAUGCUGGAGCAGGAAGAGCUGAUUUCAUCCACACGAAGGGAUUAUGAAAUGCUGCAGUCUGAGAUGACGCGGCUCACCAAUGAGAACGAAAAGGCCAAGGAGGAGGUGAAGGAGGUGCUGCAGGCCCUGGAGGAACUGGCAGUGAACUACGACCAGAAGACGGAGGAGGUAGAGCGCAAGGGCAAGGAGAAUGAGACCAUGGCGGAGGAACUUAACCAGAAACAGGUUGCACUCACCUCUGCCACAUCAGAACUCCAGACUGUCAAGGACUCCCAGCUGCACCAGAAGAAGCGCAUCAAUGAAAUGCUUGUGUCCCUCCUCAAGGAUCUCAACGAAGUGGGCACCAUCAUUGGCACCUCCAAUGAUGCCAUGAAGAACCUGGGAGAUGUGGAGGGCAAGGUGGAGGAGGAGUUCACUGUGGCCCGCCUGUACAUCUCCAAGAUGCGCUCAGAGGUGAAGAACCUGGUCCAGCGCUGCACCACCCUGGAGACCAAACAGACUGACCUCAACACCCUGAUGGAGGAGAGGGAGAAGGAGCUCAACGAGGGACGACUUCUGCUGACCCAACACGAGGCCAAGAUGAAGUCUCUCACUCAUGCCAUGAAGGAGGCUGAGAGCAAGAAGAGGAGUCUUGAGGAACAGGUGGAUACCUUGAAUGAGGAGGUGGCUCGCUUCAAGGCUGUGUCCAGAGUGUCUGACCAGGACGGCCACAUGAAGGAUGCUCUGGAGAAGCAGAUUGAGGAGCACAGAGAGCUGCACCAGAAACAGCUGGCGGCAUUGAGAGAUGAGAUCACAGCCAAGCAGCAGGAGAUAGAGGAGCUGAGUGAUGAGAACCAGAAGAGAGCAGUGACUGAGGAGCAGCUCAAGGCUGACCACGAGAAGCUCAAAGCUGAGGUGGCCGAGAAGACUGCCAAGCUGGCUGAACUAACCAUAGUACACGAGCGCAAGGAGCAGGCCCGCCAGGAUCUCAAGGGGCUGGAGGAGACAGUGGCCAAGGAGCUGCAGACGCUACACAACCUUCGCAAGCUGUUUGUGCAGGAUCUGCAGACCAGAGUGAAGAAGUCUGCUUCAGGAGAAGAGAGUGAUGAGUCUGGUGGGUCACUUGCACAGAAGCAGAAGAUUCAGUUCUUGGAAAACAACCUGGAUCAGCUGACGAAGGUGCACAAGCAGCUAGUGAGGGACAAUGCCGACCUGCGGUGUGAACUGCCCAAGCUGGAGAAGAGGCUGAGGGCCACUAUGGAGCGGGUCAAGGCCUUGGAGACUGCCCUGAAGGAGGCCAAGGAGGGGGCGAUGAAGGACCGCAAGAGGUACCAGCAGGAGGUGGACCGCAUCAAGGAGGCUGUGCGGCAGAAGAACCUCCAGCGCAGGGGAACCACUGCUCAGAUUGCCAAGCCCAUCCGAGCAGGACAUGCACCCCAGGCCAACCACGCACCCACCCCAGUCAUCCGUGGCGGCAUGCAGCCCUACCAGCCUCCAGCAGCCCAGCGUCGCUCCAUGGGUGGCAGCCGCAUGGAUACAUCCAGUUAAACUCAUUAGAGUUUUUCCACGUUCCUGGGAAAGAUCAUAUAAAUUAUUGUAUUAAAGCUAUCCUGCAGCAUGUUACCAAUUGAAAAUACCAUUUGAUUUCUGCACCCACAGAAGAAACUUGUUAAGUCUGUUACUUGGUGAAGGCAGUUAUAGGAUAGAGGGAAGGCAAGCAUAGCAACAACCCAUCUUAGAGCCUCCAGCCACCUCGCUGCCCAGGCUGUAAUUUGAGUUAUAGAUAUGGUAAUGUUUUUUCAUUUUUGUACCCAUUAUAGUGUUUCUUACAAUUUGAGAUUAGAUUUUGGUGCCCUCGGUUCAGACCUGGUUGAUGACGUACCAGGAAGAUGCUGGGUAUGAAAUUCGUAUCCCGGGUUAUCUCAUAAGGUUCUUCUCUUGUACUGUUUGGUUAUGUGAUUUCAGACUUCAAAAUUUUGGCUUCACACAAGUACAAAUUUAGGCCCUGUGAGAGGAAAUUGCUUGUUAACUAAAAUGUCAUCUUUUUCACUCACUGGACAGUAUCAUGGAGUCUUCACACGACAGCUUUCACGCCUGUAGUUAGCACAAAGUGAGAGACACGACCAGGACUGCUGUGCAUGUAGUCGGCCUGAGUACAGAUAAUAAAUGAUGAGCGUUGGUGGUGGCCUACCAGGGUAAAAAAAAAAAAAAUCAGUUUUCAUCCAGUCCCUUUUCUAAAAGUAUGAAUGCCUGAAAUAUUUCUUUUGGACCAAAGCAAAUUUUCCGUUAAGUAUGAAAAAGGAAUUUUGAUGAUGAUAUGUGUAAGGCGUUAAAUCCUUCCUUGUUUUGAUGAUAGUUUGAUCUAUUUAUUAUCAUUAUUUUCUCCACUGUUUAGAUGUGAUACAAUGUCUCCUCAGUUCACGUCCAAGGUAGGUCUUGUUGUACAAUAUCUGUGACAUGCGUCUGUACUAUACUGUAAAGUUUCAUAUCAAGUAUUUUACUGGUGAUGUGUGGUGGAUUCUUUUACACAGUUUUGGAAUACAGUGUCUUAGAAGCAGCUGUUAGGAAAUGUAGGCAGGUCUCGGUCUUUCAAUGUCCAUUGUUUGAAUUUACAGAUUCUUUAUGUACCUAUAGCUAUAUAGCAGAAUUUCCUCCUAUAACCUUUCAAUAUGUUUGUGUUGGUAGUUUUUAUAUACCCAUUAAAUACCGGUACUUCUUUAUAUGUCUGUGUCACGUUUGUUUGUUGGUUUAAUCAUCCUGUGGUUUAGGAAAUUCUGUUACCGUUUGAAAACAUUGUACACAAAACUGCUCUAGAUUUCGGAAUGGCUGUUUCUAUUGCAUAUAAAUUGGCAGUACAAAAAGAUGUGUGUGUGGUAGCAGCAUUGGUAACAGUAUUUCAUGUGUGAUCAACAAAAUGUCCAUCGCAGAUUUUGUUAUUGUGGUCAUAUACUCUAAAAAACACUAGACUGAACGGAGGAUGUGUAUAUAGCUCAGAUCUGAUGAAAUAUAAUACUGUGCAGGGUAUAUAAGAGUAACAUGGCAGGUGCAACUCUAUAUUGGUGACGUGUCUCUGUGAGGCAUGCACUUGGUGAUCUGGGAAGUGGGAAAAUAAAGACCAUAUUCUCAAACGUUUCAGUGUCCUUACUCGACUACUUUCAACAUGCUUCAUUGGGGUUUUCAAGGGUGUUUUUAUGAUUCUAGUGAUAGUUUAACAAGGAUUCUGAACCAUCCAUGGGAAAAAACACCCCUGAGAACCUGACUAAUCAUCUCUGUGGCCUUUGAUAAUAGUUGUGAUGAGGGAACAAAGCGUCUGAGAAUAUGGGUCAAGGUCUUACGCCUCUUGGUGAAGUUUUUCCUCAGAGAUGAUAUAUUGUAUUUUAUGUUACAGUGAAAGAGUUUAGGUUAAUCUGUUUCUCUCUCCAGGUAAAGUGUACUCUUUUCCUUGAAGUAGUUGGCUGUGGCACUAUCGUCCUGUUCCUCACUGUUAGACCAGCCGUCACUCACACGCUAGGUGGGGUGAGCUCUUUCAGCUUUAAAAUGAAUAGUUACAUAGUGCCCUUUCUAUUCCUCACUUCCAAAUCAUUACUUGUUAGUCAUAAUUCUCUUGUUGUUCAUCUGGUUGUUUUUUUUGGAAAUCCAUUCCUGGUGGAGAUCAUUUUCCUCUUCAUAGUACUAUUUAAUUUGGCUUAUUUAUUUAUUAUGUUUUAUUGGUAAUGUUAAGAACAGGUACAGACGUCACCCACCAUUUUGCUGUUGACUUUGGUUACACCACUCACAAGGGCCACGGCAUAGACCUCGGAGUCACACCUGCAGUACAACAUUUGCAAAUCACGCAUAGACACUUAAUGCUUCCCUCACACGCCCUACCAUCCAUACUAUGACCUGAUAAGGGAGAUGGCUGCCCAGGUACUCUAGAGAAGGGUUGGUGUGGUGGUCCCACUGCAAGCAGGACCUUUUGUGAUUGCUUCAUCGUACAGUCAGGGGCAUAAGUCAGUUAACAUUCUGCAGUUACUUCUGCUGUGUUUUGUGAUUUCUCUUAGUCACAUCCUCGCUUCUGCUGAGAAUCUGUUAGUUGUCAAGAAUGUCAGCAUAUCAGAUGACUCAACACUAAUGGAAAGUUUGCAGCAAGUUGUCAGCAAAUAGAGGACUUAAGAUUCUGGAAAAAUUCUGAUUGCAGUGGAAGUGAAUGUUGCAUGUGCCUUGACUUUUAACCAUAACAGUACGUCAAGAACCACUUAACAUCAUGCACCAGUGAACUUCUUUGUGCUUAUUGCAACACUCCCUCAGUACGGUAUAUUAUAAGACAAUGUGUGUCGAGUGUUGCAGACUCAACAUAUGCUCAGCUGUAUUCUUUGGCUAAGAAUACAGUGAGAGUGCCACUGAUAGCUCACUCAUCAUCAUGUUUUGUAAGGAGUUCUGUCAUUCAGUUUUCAGGAACAAGUGUGAAUGGAAGUUUUAGUGUUCCAUCAUUCAGUUUACAACAUUAAGUGAGAAUGAAAAUAAUGUUUUCAUUCAUUUCAUAUCAAGUGUGAGUGGAAAUGAAGUGUUUUGUCACUGAGUUCCCAAUAUCAAGUGAGAGUGAAAACUAUGAUUUAUAGCAGAUUGUAUCUUGUUGGUGUGAUAAAGAUCUUAUUGCCCUCAAAUUAUGUCCAGAUGUCCAAUAUAUAUUUUUUCCCAUUCCAUAUCAAGAUGUCCAUUACUCAAUGUAACAAAAAUAGUAUUACCGAGGCUUUUGUCCCCGAUAGAAACCAUAUAUAGCAAUAUCUCAACUAUCUCACUCCUGACCAUUGCUAGGAAGAAAAUGGUAUAAAUCAAGUCCAGUUUUCCUGUUAAGGGGAAGGAACCCAGAAGCCAUGUUGUUAUUAAAGUAUUUUACAUUAAUAAAGUCAACUGCACUAAGAUUGCUGCCUCAGCUUUACGUGCUUGUACGAUGGAAAGGUACCACAGUAAAACACUAAUUAAA